CUCUCUCUCUCUCUCUCUCUACGUUCCAUCUUUGUUCUGCUCCUUUGUUUGAUUUCUCCUUCAAUUUCGUCUUCUCCGUUCAUCUAUCUGUAUUCUUCUCUCUUCCGCGACUAAAAUAGCGCCGAUCUUUGUAAUUUGCGUCGAUUCUUUAAACCUAAAUCGAAGCAGCAGAACACGUUUUCUGAUUAGUGAUCUGAUUGUGGUUUUUGGUUGACUUCUUAAGAGGCUUAACGAGUUCCUAUAAAAAAAAUGAGUCAAAAGGGUUUGAUUUAUAGCUUCGUUGCUAAAGGAACUGUUGUUCUAGCGGAGCAUACUCCUUACUCUGGCAACUUUAGCACCUUAGCUGUUCAAUGUCUUCAGAAGCUUCCCACUAAUAGCAGCAAGUACACUUACUCUUGCGAUGGUCACACUUUUAAUUUCCUUAUCGACAAUGGUUUUGUGUUUCUUGUGGUUGCUGAUGAGUCUACCGGAAGAAGUGUUCCUUUUGUGUUUCUUGAACGGGUUAAGGAUGACUUUAAUAAGCGGUAUGAGGCGAGUAUAAAGAACGACGAGCGACAUCCUCUUGCUGAUGAUGACGAAGAUGAGGAUUUGUUUGGAGAUCGGUUUAGCAUUGCAUACAAUCUUGACAGGGAGUUCGGGCCUAUACUUAAGGAGCAUAUGCAGUAUUGUAUGACCCAUCCAGAAGAGAUGAGCAAACUAUCGAAGUUGAAGGCCCAAAUAACUGAGGUCAAGGGGAUCAUGAUGGACAACAUUGAGAAGGUUCUGGACAGAGGAGAGAAGAUCGAACUUCUGGUUGACAAAACGGAGAACCUACAGUUCCAGGCGGAUAGCUUCCAGAGACAAGGAAGGCAGUUAAGAAGGAAGAUGUGGCUACAGAGUCUGCAGAUGAAGCUGAUGGUGGCUGGUGCUGUUUUCUCCUUUAUUCUCAUCGUUUGGGUUGUUGCUUGUGGAGGUUUUAAAUGUUCAUCAUGAUGUUUGGCUUGCUUUGUAUCUGUGUGUGGUAACACAUAAAACGCAUGCUCAUGUUUGUACAUGGAGGAACUUAUAAUAACAUAUCAUCGUCAUCAUCUCCCA